AAAAAUGGAUGACAACAAAGAUGCAGCAGCUCGCCGCGAGGCAAGAAGAAGGAGGAUUUUGCAAAAUUCUGAGGAACGAAUGCGUAAACUGAAAGGAUAUCCGGAUACGGAAAUUUCAGAGAACGAUAAAAAAGGAGUAGAAGAGACACCAGUGCAUCCUACGGUGGAGUUGCUAGAGCAGACCAACCCUGCCAUCAUUCCCCAAUUGGUCCAGCGCAAAGAAGUCCAAACUCCAAGGGUGCAAACUGCUUUCAAAGAAGUUCACACCACACACCUCCCAACCAAAGAACCCUUGUUUGAGGUGGCCGCGCCUGCUGAGACUGAAGAAGUCACGCCGGACGUUCUGCAGGCACCCCCCUCACAACCUACAAGCACUUCCAACAGAUUCUUUAGAUUAAAAUUACAUGUCAUCUUGCUGGCCGUCAUUGUCCGUCUUCUUCUUGCCUUUGACCAGGGACACUUCUUUGGUGAAAUGGUUUUGGUGCCACUGCUUGUUAUGGAGUUGCCCUUUGUUAUAAUGCGAGCAAGUGACGGUCAAAAUGCUGGUGGGCUGUUGGGAGCGGCUCUCAUUCUCAGCGGCAUCAGUCAAACCAAAGCACAUUCUCUGCUCAAAACUAUUUGUGUGGUUCAAGAAAUAGCCUCCGAUGUGGCGAUAUACCUUUUCAUUUUCCUGCUCAGCCACGUUGCAUUCCUGUGGCUUGACAUUUCUUAGCAAAUUGUAAAAAUUCCUGCUGCGUGAAUGUGGACUGAUAAUGUGACUUUCUUCCGAUUUGUUUUUGUUACGUUGAUGAUCUUGAACUUGUAAAAUUACCUAUAAUAAUUAUCAAUGAUGGUGAUAAAUAAUAAAAAGCCUUUGUCAGAGUAA